CUGCCAUCUUUGUGAAAUGGAGAAAAUAUCUGGCAACAUAAAUAUAUCUGGAUUAUCUUUGUGUCUUAGAAUUCUCCUUUGCGAUAUUAGAAUUAAAGGUUUCCUCUCAAUUUUAUUUUUUUCUUUACAGUGUUUGUGGAACUGUGUUUCACAGAUUUGGAAGGUUUGGAGCAGGCCUAAAAGUUACUCAAAUCCUGAACCAGUGAAGCAGAGUUUGAAGUGCAUUCAAAGUGGUGUAAGACUGUGCAAAGAAGAAAUCAUUGUGGUGAUGGAAAAGCUUGGAAUAAAUGUCGAAAAGGGUGGGGAUGGAAUAGAAGAGUUUGGUGAACAAGAAAUAGCUCAGAUGUUAGAAAAUGAGGCCAGCUUGGAAGAGGUGAAGGAAGCUUUCGAUGUGUUUGAUGAAAACAAAGAUGGGUUUGUAGAUGCCACUGAGUUGCAGAGGGUCUUAUGCUGUUUGGGUUUGGAGAAAGACUUUGUGCAAUGUCAGAAAAUGAUUAAUGCAGUUGAUCAAAAUGGAGAUGAAUUAAUUGACCUCAAUGAGUUUGUCAAGUUGAUGGAACAGAGUUUUUGGUGAAUCCUCUGCAGUCUUGUUGAUUAUCUAUUGUUUC